AUGUCAAAAAUUUUGAAAUCUAAUGAGAAUGAGGCCAAAGAUCUUCACAAAUUCCUUUCUCAAUCAUUAUUUUCGAGCAGAUUCAAGAAUUAUUUUUAUUCUUUUUUUGGCCAACUUUUUAAAGUACACUAUAACAGAAAUACAAGACCAAGUCUCCAACUCAGUUGUGAAAUUUUCAUCAAUGCUGUUUACACUCUUCAGGUAAUUUCAUUAGCAUGACAUCCAAAUAUGUGGGUUAAAGGUUGGAGCUCAUAUAAUUUAAUCUGAUAUCUGAUAGGGUGAGCAAGUUAUGACAGCAUUUGUGUAGGUUUCGAUAUAAUGAAUUUUUGCUUUUAUGGGACAAUUUCUCUGAUUUCAAUGUGUUUGGUGUCAUUUACAGUCUUUGGAAUUUUCAUAUAUUUAAAAAAAAAUCCUCCAGCUUAUAUAUCAUUCUGAACUCGCAAAAUUGCUGUGCUACUUACAACAUAUUCCCUUAUUCCGAGUACUUUGAUUUUAUUAGUGGUGGCAAAAUACUCAAUAAUUGAUGCUCGAACAGUUGAUGAAUAUGGUGGCUUGACUGCCUCUACGCUUAAUUUUGGACUUUUAGGUGUUUUUUCAGCAGUAUUUGGCUUAGUAGUUUUGAUUUCAAUUAACUUCUAUUUAGAAUACUUUUCAUGUGAUAUCAACCAUUCAAACCCAGAAAAAAAUAUUAAAUCGAGAUCGCAUUCUCUAUUAGACUUACAAAUAAGGCUGUUUUAUUUCCUCUCUUGCGUUUCAUUUGUGCUUUUUAUCAACGAAAUAGUUUAUAUUCAUCAAUCAUUUUUGUUUUGCUACUCUAUUUUUGUGUGUUAUAAAUCAUUAACAGUUUUGCAAUAUUUUAAUGUUCUGGAAAACAUAAUAGUUGCUUGUAAGUUGAGCAUGAUUUCUUCGACAUUAUCGUUUUUUAUUUUUGGAGAGCUUUUAAAUAGCGCUACAAUUAUUAUUGUCUUUGCAGUUUUUCUACAGCCAGCAAUAUUUUUAAUUACAAUCAAGUUAGUUAAGCGAAAUUAUAAAAAGCUUGGAAAUAAUAUAGGCAAGCCAAGUAACCAAUUUGAAUUUGAAAGAAAAUUCAGACAUUUAUUAACUGAUAAAGACUGUGAGGAUAAAUUUAUGGUGCUUAAUUUAUUCAAGAAUUAUUGGAAUGCAAAUCAAUUUCGAAAGGAUAAGAUUUUUGUGAUAUGAGAAUUUAAUUACUGUCUUUUCAUAAUAAAAGAUGAAAGAUUAGCGAGGGUAAAAUUGUCGAAAAUUGCUAAUGCAGAGAACUCGCUUGAAGGAGAAAUUCAGGAAUGAAGGAUUUUUACAUGACCUGUAAAUAGAAACUGCAAAGCUUUUCCUGAAACAAGCUAUUUAGAAUUUUUAAAAGAAUACAGUAGGAUUAGAAAUGAGGAUGAAGAACUUUGCUAUGCGAUAAUAGAGCUUCAGAUCGAAAUUUCUUUGAAAGCUCCAAGAAUAAAUAAAAUUGUGAAUCUCGCUAAUAGGACUACAAAUUAUGUAAAAUCCCUUUCAAGAGAUUUUAAAGCUCUUGUUGAAAAGUAUAAAAAUAUUGAAGGUUUUGAACUAUAUGAGAGUUUUCUAGAAAAUAUUUCAAAUAACCAUGAAGAAGCAGGAAUAAUAAACAGAAAAAAAAAUGGACUGAAAAUUAAUAGCCAAUUUACCGAUAUAAAAAAUAUAGAAAACUAUGGAAAAGAUGUGCCAUUAUUAUUGGUUUCUUGCUUUGAUUGUAAUAUUAUGUAUCUAAAUGAAAAAGCAUCACUAUUACUGAAAAGUUCAAUAGGAAAUGUAAUUGGGACUUCACUGCUAAAUUUCAUUCCUCAUCCUUUUGACUCUUGCCACUUACUCCCCCCCUCCGUAAGCGAACAAAAAAAUCUUGCUCGCUCGAUUAAUUUUUUUUUCGAAAUUUAAAAAAAUCCUACUUCGACAAAAUUGGAAAGCAAAUAUUAAUUUAUUUGAUAAAAUUUAUUUUUUAAACGCAAUUUGUUUAAAAUUACACAGAAUUAGCUCGAGAUUUCAUUAUAAUAAUUAUCACUUAUAUAUCAAAAUUUUUGUUGCUGACGGAGGGUUUUUGGAUAAAAAAUAGGGAAUUAUAUGGUUUUGUUAGCUUAUGGAGGAGGAGUUAGCAGAAAUUAACGAUUAUGUUCUUAGUAGCAGCACUAUUGAACUAGCAUCUCAUAGGCAUUUAUUUAUUCAAAAUGCUCAAAGAUACUUAAUUGAGUGUAAUUUUUUAAUAAAAUUAGUGGCAUUCCACAACUCUGCAUAUUUCUUGAUUACUUUCGAACAAAGAAAAUUAACACGCGAAAUCGCAAUAACCUCAGAAGACGGAUUUAUUAUAGGACAUUCUGGCUCCCCCCUCCGUGAGUGAACAAAAAAAUUUUUGUUCACUCACAGAAGGGGGUUAAUUUUUUUUUAAAUUUGUUUAAAAUUAAGCAGAAUUAGCUCUAGAUUUCAUUAUACUAAUUAUCACUUAUAUAUUAAUUUUUUUUUUCAUAAAACAUUUUUCUAUUAAAAAUUUUUUGUUCAAUCAUGGAGGGUGGGUUUUUGGCAAAAAAGGGAUUUUUCUAAUGGCUUUUACUCACAGAGGGUGGGGAGUGAGCAUUUCCCCUAUUAUGCUGGCUCUACGUCAAAAAGCUUAAUAGGAAAAAUAUUGUCAGCAGAAAUUCCAGGAUUAGACAUUAAUAAAAUGAAAGCCUAUGAGCCUUGGCGAGUCCUUUUUAAUAGCGAAGAAAUUCUCUUCAUUAAAAUGAAAAAACAAAUAAAGUCAACGACAAUAAAUAAGUUCAUAAUCAUUCACGAUGCAUAUGAAAUAAAAAACUGAAAAGAAGAACUAGAUGAGGACCAAUUGAUUAAUUUUGCUGAACAAGACUCUGAUUUUAACACUGAAAAAUAUAAAUUAGAUGAAAUUCGAAGAAGUUCAAUCAAAAAUCAAUUUCUAUCACCUACCAGCAUGUAUCUUUUACAAAAAUCUUCAAAUGAAGCAGAAAUUUAUUCAAAUGAAAUAAAAAUAACUUCACGACAAAAUGAGGAUAAAAAAUUGUAUUCUGAUGAUUAUUCAAAAUCUUCAGCAGGCCACAAACUUUCAAAUGAAGCUAAAAGCUUACUUUUAGAAUCAAAAAGAAAAAUCAAAGUCUUACAAAUUGUGCUAUUCCUUGUGGUAAAAAAAAAUUAGGUAUUUUCAGGCGUAGUAACAAUGGCAGCUAUUUUAGGAUAUAUGAUUAUUGAUGUGUCAUUAGCAACGUCUCUAAGCUCAUUCAAAAAUAUAGGACAGCUUUUGUAUGACCUUGGGAUGUCUUAUGAUCAAGCAAGAAAUAUCGACUCUCUCAUAAUGAGUAAUCCACUUAAUCAACCAAUUGAUACUUAUGCAGCUAAUCUAGAAAGAGUGAAUGUAGAGUUAGAAGAUGUCCAAAAAGUCAUUUUUGAAAAGUUUGACCAGUGAAAAUAUUGUAAGAGCGCAGAAAUUGUCACAAAUCCAACAAUACCUUUAGUUUAUUUCGAUAGCUCUGAGCCAAAAGCAAAAUAUUUGAAUUUAUAUGAUGCAAUAUCAGAAAUAAUAUUAAAUGUAAUUUCUAUAUAG